AUGGACAACGCGAUAAAAAAGUGGGAAAAAAGUAAGCGAUUGGAUCGUAUAAAUCAGUUAUCGGUUCCGAAACAAAGGCCAGAUGUAUCAAUAUUGGUGCGUACGUUGCCAGCACCAGUCUCAAAAGCGGCGCUAACUGGUAAAGUCUCGGGUCGUAUAAGUUAUUUAGCUAAACCUAAAAAUACAUUAGCCAACCCGGAAAACUUAUAUAAACCAAUAAUUACUCAGGCACAUUUCUCAUUGGCCAAAAAAAAAUCAGGAGAUGAGUAUAAUGUAAGUAUGAGAAUUUUAGAUCUAUCGAAACCAAAAAAAUUACUUAGAAAUGUCCACAAAAAAUGUUUGAAUACGGAACAAUUAGAAACGAUUUAUUUUAGACCAGCAGUUACUAGGAAUUUUAACGUAGACAAUUUUAAAAAACAACAAGAUUGGCUCAAAAGAAAUGCAACUCCUAAAAAAAUAUUUCGACCACCGGUAGAACCAAAAAAAUAUUCAAAAAUGCCAAUAGAUCAAGUCAACGAACUAAUAAAACGCUUGUCAACGUUGCCGAAAUUUAAACAAAAAAUUCCCAAAAAAAUGGAACGAAAGAUUGGAAGCUUAACACAAACGAUGUUAGAAUCGGUUCAGCGAUUGUCAGAACCACGAAAACUGACAUCAGGAAUGAGAUUAAAUAUAGAAUUUAAUCCGUAUAACAUUCCAUUACGCGUGUUAAACCACGUAGCGUCACAACGUACCGAGGAAUUGGCUGCACCAAAGAUUCAUGAAAAUAAAGGACUUUUAAACAACAUUAAAGAAAAUGCUUUUGAAAUUUCGCAGGCUGCUUUAAACUACAAAGCUACUAAAAAUAUUAUCAAGUUGGCAACACCACGUAAACGAUAA